UGGACCGCCCUGUAUUUGUCCUGAGUUUCAUCAAACAAACACCCAGAGAGCUCUAGAUAGUCCCCCCGACUCGAGGCCCUGAGACCGAGGGACGGGUUGGAAGCGCCGGCCUGGUGCUGAAGGAGUCCGCCAUGUCUGUGGUUUUUGACGGGAGUCCGUUGAAAGCGAUGCAGGGCGCCCACAGCCACACAGCCCCGGCCGCCCUGAGUGCCCAGGAACUCUCCCAGGAGAUCAAGUCCUUCAUCAGCGGCGUGGACGCCGUUCAGGGCCGGAAGCUCAGUGUCAGAGAGCACGCCCGCUGCGCUGUGCGCUUGCUGCGCUCGGUCCCGGCCUGCAGGGGCGCUGUGCUGGAGCAUCUGAGGGGUGUGUAUGACGAGCAUGUGUCGACGUUUCUUCAUAACCUGGAGAUGGAGGGAAACACCAGCUCUGGGGCGACCUCCAACCUGGAGGACAUCAUACAGGAGGUUCAUGGCGUCCUGUCGGAGUUCAUCCGUCUGAACCCGCGGGCCUGGGCCCCGCUGGUCUCCACCUGGGCCGUGGACCUCCUGGGCCAGCUGAGCAGCAAGCAUGCUGGCCGCAGGGUGGCCCCCCACUCCUCCAGCCUCAACGAGCUGCUGCAGCUCUGGAUGUCCUGCGCCGCCACUCGCUCCCUCAUGGAGGCCUACUCCCAGUGCCUGGCGGCCAUGUUGGCCUGGUGCCCAGAUGCCUGUGUGGAUGCGCUGCUGGACACGUCGGUCAAACACUCGCCACAUUUCGACUGGGUGGUGGCUCACAUCGGCUCUGCCUUCCCAGGAACCAUCAUCAGCAGAGUGCUGGCCUGCGGGCUGAAGGACUUCUGCUCCCACGGGGCCAAAGAUCAGGGGCCGCUGGUGGAAAAAGGCAGCAGAGUGCCAAAGAUCGGCUCUGUGGUGGGGAUCCUGGGCCAUCUCGCCGCGCAUCAUUCCGACAGCAUUAGGAAGGAGCUGCUCAGGAUGUUUCAGGAGAGCUUGGCUCCCUCUACUCCCCUCUCUCCCUCAUCGUCCUCCACUUCCUGGGAGGCGUCCCCCCAGCUGCGACGCGCCGCCGUGCCGUUCCUGCUGCAGCUCGCUGCCAUGUCUCCCAACCUGUUUGGAGCCGUGUCUUCGGAGCUGGUGGAGCUGCUGCGGCCUGCAGUGCUGCUGCAGCUGCAGGCUCUGCUGCAGGGCCUCCCCAGGGAGGAGCUGGACAACAUGCUGGGUCUGGCCGUCCACCUCAUCAGCCAGAGUCCCACCGGGGGCGCCCGAGUCCUCCGCUUCUUGGCGGACACAGCAACGCCUGCAUCCGUCAUCAUCUCCGGGCCGACGCCUUCGCCUCAUGAAGGAGUCCGAGAAGGCUGCGACCGCCUGCUGCAGAUGCUGCUGCUGCAUCUCCACAAACUGGUCUUCAACCGUUCCGAGGGGUCAGAGAUCAGCCCUUUCUGUUCGACCUCCUCUCAGCCUCAGAGGGUCAUCCCGUUCCUGGAGGAACUGCGCUCGCAUGUCGCUCCACUGUGUGCGGAGACGCUGCGCCUGGAGAGGAAGCGCCACCUCUGGCUGCAUCAGCUGCUGUGUCUUCUGUCAGUAUACGGUGGUCCCAGCAUUGCCACAGAGACGCUCUGCCAGCUCCUCACCCAGGCCCGCAACCCGGAGGAGCUGGCUCUGGCCUGGCAGCUUCAUGCCACGCUGUCGUCCUGCAUGGUUGGGCUCGUUCCGGCCGCCGUGGCUCACUGCGUGGCUCAGAUUCACACGCACACACUGGGCCGCCGGCAGCUGCGCCAGCUGCUGCUCAACCUGGCUGCAGUGCUGCAGAGCCAGGACGAUGAGAAGAAGGCAGCAGCAGGAGCAGGAGCUCAAUCCUCCAUGGCCGCCCAGAUCGGCUCUGCAGUCUCCGUGCACCUCCACGAUUUCGGGCCUCUCCUGCUCCACGGAGACCCGGCCGUGUCUCAUGCCGCCGUGCGCCUGCUGUCCUGCAGCCCACUGCCCCGCACAGCCUCCCCAGCGCACCUGCUGCUGCUCUCCAGAGCCGCUGUCACGCAUUUCUUCCUGGCACUGAGGAGACGUGGGGAAGCAGGGAAGGCGGGCCAAGACGAGGGGCAGUCAGGCGAGGCUGUGAGCUGCUCAGUUCUGCUCCUGACCCGGUUCGCGGCGUACUCCGCCCUCACCCUGAAGGCCAUCCUCCAGCAGCUGGUGGAGGGGGCGCUGCACAAGGGCAACGCUGAGCUGUUUGGCGGCCAGAUCGCCGACAUGUCUGGAGCUCCUGUGGCCUCUCCGUCCGUGUCCCCUGACCUGGGCGCGUCUCUGCUGGACAUUAACUGUCGGUUCGGCACCACGGUGAACUUUUCCGGCAGCGUGUGGUCGGUGUUCCACGCAGGAGUGAUCGGGAAGGGACUGAAGGCUCGCACUGCUGCAAAUCUGCCCGAUCCAUCAGAAGUCGUCCAGAACAUCCAGACUCUCCUGGCUGUCAUCGUCCAGUGCUGCAGUUCGUCCAGCCUCAAUGGCUCUCAGUCGCCAUCCGAUCCCGAAGAGCCUCCACCCAUCAAUGCUGAGGCAGCAAAGGUCGUUGCCGUCACGCUGGUGGAAAACGUCUGUCCAGACGUGGCCAACGGGGAGCUGUCCUGGCCCCCCGAGGAGCACGCCCGCACCACCGUGGAGCGAGACAUCCACAUCCGGCGGUGCUUCGAGGCCCACCCGGUCCUCUUCCACCUGCUUCAGGUUGUGGCGGCCGGGCGGCCGGCGCUCUGCUACUGCUCCGCCGUGCUCAGAGGCCUUCUAGCUACGCUGCUGUCCCACUGGGAGGGUUCCCGCGAGCCUUCGUCAACAGACUCUCCUUGGCACCUGCAGGCCUCCUGCCUGCUGGUGUCCUGCAUGGGCGAAGGCCAGCUCCUGCCACCUGUGCUGGCCAACGUCCACGAGGCUUUUGCUCACCUGACCCCGUUUGAGGUGAGGCUGCUGCUCUUGGCCGUGUGGGAAUACGUCAGGGGGAACGGGCCGCUGCCCCAGAAGUUUGUUUUCAGCUCAGAUAAAGGCAUGUUCUGCAGGGAUUUCUCUCGGGACGGGGAUGUGUCCAGGUAUGUGGCACCGAUCCACAGCGUCCUGCAUAAAAACAUCGACAGACUGGGACACCUGUGCUGGCGGUUUCAGCUCUGAGAGGGAAACAAACUGGUGAUGCAAGUCAGCAUCACACAGGGAGAUUACUGUUGUUGCUUAAAGAGUUGACUUAAAAUUUAUAAAUGUAAAACUUUGUGUGUAAGUUUGUGUUUUAGAUUAUAUUUUCUGUACUUUUCCAUUCAACUUCUAUUAGAUAGCCCUGGGAAGUGUUUAAUUGUAAAGAAAGAUCGUUUUCAAACUUAGUUUGUAAUUUUGGUUUAGAAAAACCACUAAUUCUAGUUGUUCUGUAAACAUACUUUCCAUUUUUGUUAUAGUAAAAAACUUGUUUACACCACAUUGCAAAAUAAAUUUUGUAGUAAACAGCU